GUAGUGGGCGCUGUGAUUGGUUGAUAGCUGCGUGUCCGGAACCCGGCGUGAUGGCGGAGCUGGCUCUGUUUCGGCGGAUCGGCCUGAGUGAGCAGAAGGCGCGGGAGACUCUGCGGAACGAGGCGCUGAGUGACGCCCUGGCACAGGCCGUGCAGCAAGCAGAAGCGAUCCUGGGCUGUGCUCUGGACAAGGUGACGGGUACACUGCUGUAUAACGCCGCUGCUCGACUGAAGGACCAAGAGCACCUGGCAUUCCUCAUCAAGUACAUCGCAAACAAAGGAUUAAACUCUGACCUGCAGCUCAGUGCUGCUGUGGAAUAUAUCAAAAACCACCGGCUAGAUUCAAUUGACAGCGCAGACUUUGAAAGAGAAUGUGGCAUUGGAGUGGUGGUGUCACCCGAACAGAUCGAGGAGGCGGUUGAAGCAGCAGUCAGCAAGUACAAGAACCAGAUUAUGUUGGAGCGUUACCGUUUUAACAUGGGCCUGCUGAUGGGUGAUGUGAGGAGUAAGCUGAAGUGGGCCGAUGGGAAGAUUGUCAAGAACGAAGUGGACUUACAGGUUCUAAAUUUACUUGGUCCAAAGACUGAAGCUGACCUAGAAAAGAAGACUAAGGCUCCGAAGGAGAAGGCACCGCGAAUCACCGCUAAGGACAAGGAGGCAGUAUCCAACAACAACCAGCUAAAGCUGCACUCUACAUCUGUACUGGAACAGUUACGUGGGGAGGCAAUAAAGUUCCAUCUGCCAGGUGAAAAUUAUAAGACGGAAGGUUAUGUUGUUACGCCCAACACGAUGAAGCUCUUACAGAAACACCUGGAGAUUACCGGAGGUCAGGUGCGGACGCGGUUUCCCCCAGAGCCUAAUGGGAUUCUCCAUAUCGGCCAUGCCAAGGCCAUCAACUUCAACUUUGGUUAUGCCAGGGCAAACAAUGGGAUCUGCUUUCUUCGGUACGACGACACAAACCCUGAGAAGGAAGAGGAGAAGUAUUUCCGAGGCAUCAGGGAGAUGGUGGAAUGGCUCGGUUACACGCCGUACGCGGUCACCCAUGCGUCUGACUAUUUUGACCAACUGUACGACUGGGCAGUGGAAUUAAUCAAAAGGAACAUGGCAUAUGCCUGUCACCAGACAGUGGAUGAGAUUAAAGGACACAAUCCUCCCCCUUCUCCAUGGAGGGAUCGGCCAAUUGAGGAAUCCCUCCUCCUGUUUGAGCAAAUGCGGAAGGGAAUGUUUGCGGAAGGAGAGGUGACCCUUCGCAUGAAGCUCAUUAUGGAGGAUGGAAAAAUGGAUCCAGUGGCUUACAGGAUAAAAUACACCGCUCACCAUCGAACUGCUGAUAAAUGGUGCAUCUACCCAACGUAUGACUACACUCACUGUUUGUGCGACUCUAUCGAACACAUCACACACUCGCUCUGCACCAAGGAGUUCCAGGCCCGGCGAUCAUCCUACUACUGGCUGUGUAACGCUCUGGAUGUCUACUGCCCCGUGCAGUGGGAGUACGGUCGACUGAACCUGCAGUACACAGUGGUGUCAAAAAGGAAGAUCAUCAAACUGGUGGAGACAGGGGCAGUGAGGGACUGGGAUGAUCCCCGCCUCUUUACACUGACUGCUCUGCGAAGGAGAGGCUUCCCCCCAGAGGCCAUCAACAAUUUCUGUGCUAAGGUUGGUGUGACGGUCGCACAGACGACGAUGGCGCCUCACCUCCUGGAGUCGUGUGUUCGAGAUGUGCUCAACGACACUGCUCCUCGGGCCAUGGCUGUCCUCGAGCCACUGAAAGUUUCCAUAACCAACUUCCCAACUGACCAGCCUCUGGAAGUGUCCAUUCCAAAUUUCCCAGCAGAUGAAAGCAAAGGAUUCCAUGUGGUACCGAUCACCUCCACAAUCUACAUUGAACAGUCGGACUUCCGGGAGGUGAUGGAGAACCGUUACAAGCGUUUGACUCCUGACCAGCCCGUUGGACUCCGGCAUGCUGGAUAUGUCAUCUCGGUCCAGAGGGUCAUUAAGGAUAGCAAUGGAAAGGUGAUUGAAUUGGAGACAACUUGCAAGAAGUCUGACUCCGUGGAGAAACCGAAGGCUUUUAUUCACUGGGUGUCAAAUCCUCUGACGUGUGAACUGCGGCUCUAUGAGACACUAUUCCUCCAUAAAUGUCCUGAGGACGCGAGUGAGGUGCCCGGUGGCUUCCUGUCAGACAUUAACCCAAAAUCCAUGCAGGAGAUCCCCAAUGCACUGGUGGAUGUUUCAGUGAAAAAUGCCAAGCUGUUUGAUAAGUUCCAGUUUGAGCGUGUUGGUUAUUUCUCUGUGGAUCCAGACAGCACUGAGCAGAAGUUGGUAUUCAACAGAACUGUGACGCUGAAGGAGGAUCCUGGGAAGAUUUGAGCUGAGCUAUGCUGUGCCCACCCACACCCGCGCCCACGCCACGCUGCGUCUUCUGAUGGAAGGAGAUAGUCGCUUCUUGCCCCUUGAAUCGUCACAGCAAUAAACUGACAUGAGACUGCAGGCGAUCAGCUGAGGCAGCGAAGAAUUUCCCUGCAGUCCUCUGUACGCCAUCUACACUCUUUUGACUUGGAGCCCUCCAAUUGAUCUCGGUAACCCCAAUGAGUUAACUGUCGAGAGGAUCCAGCAGCAGGAAGAUGGACCCUCACAGUGACCAGUUGUGCCUCAGGAAGCUGGUGGGGAGUUGGGAGGGGAGAGGGUGCGAGGGGACCUGCUACACGGGGAGGGAGAGUGUUACGUGAUCUCAGAUGGGAUGGGCCAUGCCAGAGGUCGUCCAGCUCUGGUAUGGAAACACCACAGUAACCUGCGAACCGAUCUGCACUCCUUUUUCCAGCUCAGCCCAUCCCUCCCUUCCUCCUCCCCCUCCCCCCCCACCAACCAAGUGACACCCCCUCGGCCAUUGCCAUGCCCCCACCCUCUCUCCCACUACCUCCGUUCUGCUCAAAUUUCUUGCAGCAAUUGAUGUUGAUGUCAGGUUUGCAAAAAUAAAGCAAUGAUUUUUGGAGCCCCUCUCUUGUCGUUCUGGAAUUCCAGAGUUCCCAUUUCCCAAAGUCACAGGUGCUGUACUGAAUGCUGUGGGAGUCCUCCUCCUUUACUGAACUGGCUGAAUGCUGUGGGAGUACUCCCCUCCCCACUGCAGUGGGUCGGUACUGUGGGGCCAACCCCACCAGAGGGGUUCAGUGGCUGCCAUCACGCAGCCAGUGAAGACAGCUUCAGGACAGGCCCCUGGGCUUGAAGUACACUGGGGUAACUUCCCUGCCCUGCUGUUGUUUCUGAAUGUUGGUGCAGAAAGCCAGCCUCGGGAUUAGGACAGCACAGUGGAGCAGUGGUUCAGUCUCGACCUGCGGCACUCUGUGUGGAGGUUUCCCUGUAACUCUGUAGGUUUCAUCCAGAUCCUCCAGCUUCCUCCUACAUCCAACACUAUGCAGGUUAAUGUUGUGAACUGCCCCCUGGGUGUAGAUGGUGGUGGAAGAAUCUGAAUUGGGAAUGUAUGUGGGGAAAUACUGAUGACAUUGCCAAGAGCCAGCAUGGGGGUGGUAACACCAUAAGUCAUACGAGCAGAACGGGUGAUUUGGCCAAUGAAGUCUGCUCCACCAUUCCAUCAUGGCUGAUUUGUUAUCCCUCUCACCCCAUUCUCCUGCCUUCUCCCAAUAAUCUUUGACGCCCUGACUGAUCAAGAGCCUAUCAAGCUCCACUUUAAAUAUAUCCAAUGAUUUGGCUUCCAUAGCUGUCUGAAUUCCCCAGGUUCACCACCCUGUAGCUAAAGAAAUUCCCCCUCAUCUGUUCUAUUCUCAGGUUGUGCCCUCUUGUCCUCGACUCCCUUCUAUAGGAAACAUCCUUUCCAUGUCCACUCUAUCUGGUCUUUUCAACAUUCAGUAGGUCUCAAUGGGAUUUCUCCUCUCAUUCUAAAUUCCUGUGAGUUCAAGCCCAGAGCUAUCGAACAUUAAUCCUUUCAUUCCUGAAAUUGUUCUCCUGAACCUCGUCAGAACCUGCUCCAGUGCCAGAUAUGGGGCCCCCUUUAUGGCCUAGUGGUCACCUACAUCACAGGAGUAUGUGUGAAAUGCUAUUUUCACCAUUGACAAGGUGUAGUUAUAAACUAAAAUGCCCAAUGUGGCAAGGAACCAUCGACACUGAGUCUCACGGAGGUGCAUACGGGUGAUGGAGCUGGCCAGUGGAGGAGGUGUUUACUGGGAAGUGCAGGAACUUAGGUUGACGGAGUAGCAGGAAGGUGGUGAUACAGGGAAGUGGGAGACCACAGGGAGAGUAAGAGCUGUGGAAACCUGUACAGCUCGGCAUGUGCGAUGGGUGCCUGGGACUGAACUGUGGCUGUGCACAAGGAUCCAGCCAGGAGACUGAAACAUUUACGGAUAACAGAACCCUGAAUGAGGACUUUGGCAUCUAAACUGGUUGUGUGCUGGACAGUGAAAAGGCUGUCUGAUUGCAGAGGACUGAGAACAAUUGGGAAAUGGAAACCUAAACCAGGAAACUAUGGGUUGCUGAGUCUGACAAAAGCUAUGGGAAAGUUAUUUAAAGGUAUUUUAAGGGACGGGAUAUACAAGUAUUUGGAUAGACAUGGACUGACUAAGGAUAGUCAGCAUGGCUUUGUGCAUGGUAGGUCGUGUCUAACAAUCGUAGAGUUUUUCAAGGAAAGUGGAUCGAGGCAAGGCAGUGGAUGUUGCCCACACGGACUUUAGUAAAGCACUUGACAAGGUCCACAUGGGAGGCUGGUCAAGAAGGGUCAGCUGCUCGUCAUUCAGAAUGAAGUAGUAAAUUGGUUUAGACAUUUGCUUUGUGGGAGAAGUCAGAGAGUGGUAGUAGAGGGUUGCCCCUGACUGGAGGCCUGUGACCAGUGGUGUGUCAUAGGAUUCGAUGCUGGGUCUGUUGUUUGUCAUCAAGAUCAAUGAUCUUGAUGAUAAUGUGGUUAACUGGAUCAGCAAAUUUGCUGUGACGCAAGAUUUGGGGUGUAGCGGUCUGUGAGGAAGGGUAUUAUAGCUUGCAGAGAGAUCUGCAUCAGCUGGAAAAAUGGCAGAUGGAAUUUAAUGCAGACAAGUGCUAGGUUUUGUACUUUGGUAGAACCAUCCAGGGCCGGUCUUACACAGUGAAUAGUAGGGCACUGAGGAAUUUGGUAGAAUAAAAGGAUUUGGGAAUUCAGGUCCCUAAUUCAUUGGAAGUCUUUAUGUACAUUUAAGGCAAAGGUUGAUAUUGGUCAGGGCAUGAAGGGAUAUGGGAGAAAGCAAAUUGAGGCUGGGGGAAAAAUUGGAUCAGCCAAGCUGAAGAGGGUGUAGCAGGAGAUUCUCAGGAUGCAGAGGGGCUCUGUGGUCCCUCCAUGCAGGACAGCAUUGCAGGGGUGUUGGGGAGGAUGGGUGGUUGGUAACAUCACCCUCUGCCUAAAGAAAUAUUCCUGUUCUAAAUGGACAUCCCUCUAUUCUGAGGAUGUGCCCUCUGCCUCUAGCCUCACCCACUAUAGGAAACAUCCUCUCCACAUCCAUUCUAUCUAGACCUUUCAAUAUUCAAUAGGUUUCAAUGAGAUCCCUCCUCAAGCUUCUAAACUCCAGCGAGUACAGGCCCAGAUCCAUCAAAUGCUCCUGAUAUGUUAACCAGUUCAUUCCUAGGAAAAUUCUCAUGAAGCUCCUCUGGACCCUCUCUAAUGCCAGCACAUCCUUUCUUAGGGGGCCAAAAUUGCACAUCCACUCCCUUGAAAGAGUAUCAGUGAAUGAUGGAUUUGUACAACCCUGUUGUUUUCAUGGCUGCCCGUGUGAGGGUACUCUAAACGUAGAGUGGGUGUGCAAUUUUGGCCCCUUAUCCAAGAAAGGAUCUGCUGGCAUCGGAGAGGUCACUCCAAAUGUGGUCUUAACAAUACCUUGUCCCUUACAUGGUAAUAACCAUGAAAACAACAGGGUUGUAUAAAUCCAUCUCGUUCACUAAUGCUCUGCAGGGGAGUGGAUGUGCUGUCCUUGCCCAGUCGGGUCCGUGUAGCUCCAGAUCCUCCUCUGUUGCCACUCCACAGCUGUACCAGUACAAUUUGUCAGACCACAAGGGGUGAUGAACAGCAAUAUUCUGAUUCUAACAAUGGACUGAGCAUCAAAGUUGUAUACUAUAUACAAUCUUGUGAUUCAUUUUCUUGUGGGCAUGCUCAAUCCAAUAACCAUACCAGAAUCUAUGAAAGACCACACCGACAGGAUAGACAAACAGUGUGCAAAAGACAGCUGACUCUGCAAAUGCAAAAGAAAGAAAAUAAUAAAUAAAUAAGCAAUAAACAUCAAUAACCUGAGAUGAGUCCUUGAAAGUAAGUCCACAGGUUGUGGGAACGUUUCAGUGAUGUUGAGUGAAGUUUUCCCCUCUGUUUGAAGAACCUGAUGGCUGAGGGGUAGUAACUGCACCCUGCCCCCCCCCCCCCCCGAGCCAGAUGAUGUGAGCUCUGAGGCUGCUGGCAGCAGUGAGAAGAGAGCGUGACUCAGAUGGCGGGGGUCCCUGAUGCUGGAUGCUGGUGACUGCUCCGUGUGGAUGUGCUCAAUAAUAUGGGGGGAUUUAUCCUUAAUGCAUUGGGCCAUAUCCACCACUUUUUGUAGAAUUUCCAGUUGGUGUUUCUAUAACAGGCUAUGAUGCAGCCAGUCAAUAUACUCUCCACCACAGCUAUAGAAGUUUGUCAAAGCUUUAGAUGUCAUGUCAUAUCUUUGUAAUCCCCUAAGGAAGUGUAAGUUCUGCUGUGCUUUCUUUGUAAUAGCACUUGCAUGCUGGGCCCAGGACAGGGCCUCUGAAAUGAUAACACUGAGGAAUUUGAAGUUGCUGACCCUCUCCACCACUGAUUUCCCCAAUGAGGACUGGCUCAUGGACCUCUGGUUUCCACCUCCUGAAAUCAAUAAUCACCUCUUUGGUCUUGCUUACAUUGAGUAAGAGGUUGUUGUGGCACCACUCAGUUAGAUUUUCAAUCUCCCUCCUAUAUGUUGAUUUGCCACCGCCUUUGAUUCAGCCUACAACAGUGGUGUCAUCAGCAAGCUUGAGUAUGGCAUCAGAGCUGUGCUUAGCCACACAACAAAGGUGUAAAAUGAGUAGGGCAGGGAGCUAAGCACACAGUCUUGUGGUACUCCUAUGCCGCUGGAGAUCGUGAAGAUGUUGCCAAUCCAAAGGUCUGCAAGUAAGGAAAUGAAAGAUCAAAUUGUAAAAGGAGGUAUCUUCUGUGGCCCUGUUGUGAUGGUAGGCAAAUUGGAGUGGGGACCCAAGUUGCUUUACAGUCAGGAGUUAAUAGGGUUCAUCUCCAACCUCUCAAAGCACUUCAUCACAAUGCAUGUAAAUUAUAUUGGGUGGUAGUCUUUGAGGCAGAUUACCACGUUCGUAAGUACUGGUAUAAUCAAGGCCAGGUGGGUACCUCAGACUGCUGAAGCAAGAGGUUAAAGAUAUCUGUGAACACUCCAGCCAGUUGAUCAGUGCAGGUUUUUAGUACACAGCCAGGUACCCCUUCUGGGCUGGAUGCUUUCCAAAGGUACUCCAAAAGUC